AUGAGGCUCGUACGUACCCUCCCCCUCCUGCUUGGCCUCGGCCUCGGAGUGCAGACCGCCGCGGCGCUGCCCAAUGGCGCCAGCGAGGCCGGCCUCCACAAACGCAACAACUGGGGCAAUGGCAAGGGAGAUGACGACCACGGAGACUGGGACAAGGACCACGGCCACGGCGGUGGCGACCAUGGCGAAGACGACGGCGGAGACGACGGCGACAAGCCAUGCCAAGACGACAGUGACCAGGCCAUUGUGGACUGGAUCAUGCAAAACCCCGCCGUCAACACGACAUUUGUGCUCCCCGACACAGUCAACAACGGGACGCUCGUCUCGCUCGUCAACAACGGCACGAUCCCGGCGGAGAACACGACCGCACCGCUGCUGGACGGCAGGCUGCCCGCGCAGUUGAACGCGUCCGAACCUGCCACGUCCAAGGGCGGGAUCAUGGAGCCAGGGGUGAACGGCACGCUGUUUCCCCAGCAGGGUACCAACGAUAACGCGGCUGUCUUUGGCUCCUCCGGCGACCAGGACGACGACGACUACGACUACCGCCGUCGGCAGGUCAUCGACUAUGACCUGCAGCGCCGCACGCCCAGCGCACAGCCCGACCUCCCGCCCGUCAACUCUGAUCCCGAGCUCGCCUGCCACUAUGCGUACGAGCAUGUGCUUGGUGGCAACAACACCGAGCCCAAGGGGGCCCUCUGGGCGUUGGAGGGGUACGUCGACCUCGUGGCGGCGGAUGUCCAACAGGGCGGCAUUGGCGACUGCGGGCUCGGCGCAUCUGUCAUGGCCAUGGCCGACGGGGGGUGGACGCCUUACCUCAAGAAGCUUUUGGUGCGCCUCCCGGGUGCGGCGACGGACAAGAACAUGGUGGUCAACUUUCAAAAGGACGGGAUGACAUACCCGGUGCUCAUCGAUGACCAGCUCCCCAUCCUGCAGCAAGAGAACGGCAACUGUUGGAACUACACAGGGUACCAGCCGGUCAACGACGCAGCCCUGCCAGACGCCGACGGCUCGUACCCGGCGACGCCCAUCUUCUUCAUGCCGCUGUUGGAAAAGGCGUUUGCAAAGUUCCUCGACUUCCAGCCCGACUGGCGCUGGACCCCGUCGGGUCCCCCGGGAUACCUUGGGUUGACGUCGGUCAGCCCGGCCAUCGCGCUGGCGGCGCUGACUGGCGGCACGCCCAAGCCGGUGUACCGCAAUAACUCCGGGUACGACGGCCCCAUCAUGGAGGCGCUCCUCGGGUGCAUGCGCGGGCUGGCGCCGUGCGUGAUUGGCACGACGAACGCGACGACGCUCGGCCUCGUGGGCAAGCUCGACACCUGGGGCGGUGUCUGGCUCAACGCCCUGGGCGACGCCGCGACGCCCAAAGGCUACACUCCGGGAGAGACGGCGGGCCUAGCUGCCCCCGACGCGCCCACCAGUAACACCACCUACUCUCUCGUCGACUUUGACCAGAUCAUCAAGACGGACGGCAAAGAGUACUCGACGUCUAUCAGGAUGGCCGGUAACCACGCGUACGCGUUCGCGUGGAAGCAGAGCACCACCGGCCCGCUCACGGCGGAGACGGUCAACGACGCCAGGCUGCGCGUCCUCAACCCGUGGGGGUCGAACCCCUGCCAGUCGCUUGACUUCACCUGCGUGCCCGACAGGAGCGAGUGGGACAACGCUGCCCAGGUGACGCACAGCUUCCGCGCGUUGGCGCUGACUGUUGGUGCGGUGUUCACUGUGGAGAAUAUGCCUGCGCUGUAA